AUGGGCACUAGAUCAGCGACGAAGAUAAAACUCCGAAAUGCGCAAUAUAAAUGUGAUAUUUGCGGUCGUAGAUUAAUGACCGCGGAUGCGCUCAAAUCCCAUCAAGAGAGUGUUCAUAAUGUUACAAAUAAACAAAAAACUAAAGUGACACCACUAAAACAGACUAUUUCUAAAUAUAAAAGUCAAACACCGAAAAUAAAGAACAUGAAACUAGUAGAACUCGCGGUGAGAAAGUCAAAAUCUACACCAUCAAAAAAGGUAUCUUCAAGCAAGCCAGGCGCCAAAUCGACAGUAAUAAACGCCCCGGAGGAAACAACUAAACCAUUUCCCGUUGAUAUGGCAAAUGUGGAAUACGAAUGUCCGAAAUGUAUGAAAAUUUUCCCCAUUUAUUUUUCAGCCCAUAGGCAUAUACAAAAAAGUCACUGCGUAAACGGCGCGGGUGAAAAAGUGUCACCAAACUCUCAGCAUUUAAUAAAACCACUUGUAAAACAAUUGUGUAAAGUAUGUAACAAAAGGAUUUCCGAAACGGAACCUCACGUUUGUGGCAAUAUCAGGAUAGAGCCUGAAGAUGUGGGGAUAUGUUCGUUCUAUGUAUGCUCUGGAUGUAAACAACAAUUCAUCAGUCUGAGGUUGUUCGACCUGCAUGUGGCAGGAUUACACUGCGACGGAGUGGAGAGCAUGUUCUUUCCAAGCACCAAAGAAUUCCAGUUCUGGAAAAAUGACAUGGAGCUUCAAACGAAAGUAAAGUAUGCGACUUUUGGAACAUAUAACUCCAAGCAGAUAUAUCGUUGCACAUGCCUUCCGGAAGGUAGCAAUGCAUAUGAUGAAACUACGUCAUAUUUCUGCCCAUCUACUAUUGCUGUUCAAGAGUUUUCAAAAGGCAUACAGGUUCAUUUCUAUAAAGAUCAUUAUAGUCACUGUUUCGAAAAUUAUGUUCUAGCAAAUAAAUAUAAGAAAUACUCUCUAACAACACUGCUUCAAAACUCUGAUGGAUAUACUCAAAUAAAUGAGUUGAAAGAAGACGAAACCGAUUUGUAUCUACAAUUUAAAAAACUGAUGGAAUGCAUUGUGUUAGAUGCUGCAAAGAUAAACAUUGCAACUCUUAAAAUUUUGAUUGGUAAAGCUCUGGAUAUGACAUCUGUGUUGAAUAAUUAUGAAGAAGAUCCCGACACAGAUUCUUUGUCAACUAAGAGAGUGAUAGAAGAUAAAAUAACUUGGGUGUUAGGAGAACUGGAGGGCAGUCAAGGCGAAAAGAGAAAGUUAGGGUUACAUUUAGAUCAAUCAGAAACUGAGCCAAUUACGAAACGGUUCAAAACAAGGAUUUAUCAACACAAUCCCUAUCAGGAGCAUACUUUGAAUUCUUCUCCUCUGUCAAUGCUUCAGGAUUCAACAAUCAAAAUAAUUAAUUCAUUUUCUCUUGCACAGCCCGAAAUAAGUAGAGCAAUUAAUGAAUUAGAUAGUGAAAAUGAGCUCGAUCCACUAUUAAAAGUGAAUGAAAUAUCACCAGAAGAUAAGCAGAUUGAAGAUACACCGGUUAUGUUGGUGGAUAAAGAAAGUGAUGAUCAACCUAAAACAGAUCCUCUGAACCUCAGCGAUAAAAUAAAGGAAGAGUCACCUUCUUCAUUCAAUGACUCGUAUAAAGAUUUUGUAGUUAAAAAUUUUAAUGUCACACCUAUUCCACCAAAAUCAAAAACCAAAAAUAAGACAAAUGUGUCUAAUCCAAAAAUUGAGCUCAGCAAGAUUGAUAUAUCAUCAAAACCAAAUAUUAGCAGUGAACCAAUAACAACAGAUAAUAAUAACACAUCUGAGAAUGGGGUAAAGCCUUACUCUCCUCUCCUAAGUAAACCAAGGUUGGUAGAGACCAGUGUCAGAAAGUCAAGAUUAUCAGAGACCAAUAUGGGAAAAUCUAAAUUAUUCAAUACUAGUACAGAUAAAACCAAAACAUUGGAGUUCAUUCCUGUCAAAACAAGAUCAUCUGAUGCUAGUUCUGGAAAAACAAAGCUGUCGGACACCAGUCAAGAUAAAACCAAAUCUGAGUCCACCCCAGGUAAAGCAAGAUUGUCAGAGCCAAGUAUCAGAAAAACAAAAACAGUUGACACCAGUAUGGGUAAACGGAAGCCAUUGGAGAGCAGUUUAAAUAACAGAAAAGCAUCAGAUAUCACUUCAGGUAAAAGAAAAUCAUUGGAGAGCAGUAUAGGUAGUAGAAAAGCAUCAGAGACUAUGUCAAGUAAAACAAAAGCAUUGGAGAGCAGCAUAGGUAGUAAGAAAGUGCUGGAGACCAGUUCAGGUAGAAGGAAAACCUUGGACACUAGCCUAAGUAAAACGAAAGCCGAGUCAGACACAAACAAAAGACGUAACAAAUCAUUGAACACUGGCUUGAGUUCACCGAAACCUGUUGAUUUGAAAUAUGAAGUGAAAGAAAGAGAAAAUGACUGUAACAUAUUAAUUUUAAAGAUUUAA